CUCCCUGAAAAUUGCCGGCCUUCUUCCAACAGCCGUGGAGUCGCUCGGCCAGCAAAAACGACGUGCGAUGCAACAAUUACACUCGAAAUCAACCGACUUGGAAAAAUACGUGUUCUUGGCGUGGUUACGGAAUACCAAUGUUCGUCUGUUUUACCGAAUUGUCACUGAUGAGUUGGAGGAAAUUACACCAUUGAUAUAUACUCCAACCGUCGGCACAGCAUGCUUGGAGUACUCUCAUAUCUCUCCGUUCCUUGCUCCUCCUGGUGUACCUGAUGGCCUUUUCCUUUCUAUUGACGAUUUACCAAACCUCACCCAUAUGAUUGAAAACUACAAUCCAUAUCCAUUCGACAAAUCUCUCACCCCACAAAUCACUGUGAUUACCGAUGGAUCGAGGAUUCUGGGAUUGGGUGACUUGGGUGUUAAUGGUAUGGGUAUUCCGGUAGGAAAGUUGCAGCUCUAUAUUGCAGGUGCCGGAAUUGAUCCACGACGCACAUUGCCGAUCACACUUGAUUUGGGAACUAAUAAUGAAAAAAAUUUGAACGACGAAUUUUAUCUCGGGUUGCGUAGGAAGCGAGCUAAUGAUCACGAGUUCUAUCCAUUUGUUGACGCCGUGAUAAAAUCUUUAACCGAAGUAUAUCCUGAUAUCCUAAUCCAAUUCGAAGAUUUCUCCUCAGAACACGCAUUCGGUUUAUUAAACAAAUAUCGAGAAAACACAUUCUGUUUCAAUGACGAUAUUCAAGGCACCGGUGCUGUCAUUUUGUCCGGCUUUAUCAAUGCCGUAAAAUUGGUGGAAAAAGAUGUCGCACCCACUCAACACCGAAUACUAUUCUUCGGCGCUGGUUCGGCCGCAGUUGGAGUUGCCAAACAAUUGCUGGAAUUCUUCAAGACAGAGCAUGGAAUGUCGGAAGAAGCAGCCAGGGAGUUGGUAUGGUUGGUGGACACAAAGGGUCUCGUAACGCAAGAUCGUGGUGACAAGUUGGCAGAUCACAAAGUAUACUUUGCUCGCUCCGACAAUGAAGGACAGCAAUACAAAACUUUGUUGGAUGUCAUCGAAUAUGUGAGACCUACUGCAUUGAUAGGUCUAUCAUCUACUGGUGGAGUGUUCGACGAAGAAAUAUUGGAACGAAUGGGUGAAUUAAACAAUAAUCCUAUCAUAUUUCCACUUUCGAAUCCCAUGGUGAACGCCGAGUGUACCUUUGAGGAUGCCAUGAGGGCAACGAAUAAUCGUGUGAUAUUUGCAUCAGGCACCGCGUUUCCACAUUAUGUAGAACCCGACUCCGGAAGGAUACGAUAUCCAGGACAAGGAAAUAAUAUGUAUAUUUUCCCUGGUCUAGGAUUGGGUGCUAUUCUAGCUCGCCCAUCGAAAAUCACCGACCGCCAAAUAUACGCAUCCGCUUCUGCACUCGCCGCCUCGCUGACCAAAGAGGAAAUCGCUCAGGAUCUCCUAUACCCUGUGUUAAAACGAAUUCGUCAUGUAAGCGCGGAGGUGGCUGCUGCAGUAAUCGUGGAGGCUGUCGACGAGGGAUUGGCGCGUAACCACGAGGUGAUCUCGAUGGUAAGGGGUAGUUGUGCUGAGAUGAAGACUCGGCGAGGUAGAAAGUGGGAAAAGUUGGUCAAGUAUGUGGAGGGACAAAUGUGGAACCCCAAUGAUGAAAGGUUUUUUGAAUUUGGGAGUUUAUCCGAGAGCAAGAUCUAA